CCUCCUUCGUGUCCUUGCUGGGUGCGUGUGAGUGCGUGUGUCUGUGUGUUUUGCGUGUCUGCCAAGGGGAGAAGGGGAAGGGGGGGCUGGAAACCGGAGAGCGGGCUUCCGAGGUUUCCAGGCAGAGCUCCCGGCUCCCUUCCUGGUCCUCCCUCCUCCUCUCCUUCCCUCUUUCUUCCUCUCUCUCUCCCUCCGCAUUGCCUUUCCACGCGCGAUGGGUGUCUGCUGGGCAAAGCAGAGCCAAGCCCCGGGCUAAAGGAAGGGAAGGCAACGCUCUCGUCCUUGAACCUGUCAAGCCGGGCUCCAUUCCUCCUCUCCCACCUUCCCCCCUUCCUUCCCUCCUUUCUUUCCCCCCCUCCCUUGGAUGUGGAGCAGAGCCUCAGUGCGGAUCUCCCGGGACAGAUGCGCGUCUGAUGGAGGAAUCCGGACGGAGGGUCAUCCCUUUCCUCGUCGAGGAUCUAAAUCGGUGACCCAUCCGCCUUGGAAAGAAGGAAGGAGAGGAAACCGGAGCCAGGAGAGAGAAAGGCAGAGCGAUAGCGAGAGACGGACAAGGACCAUUGCACAGAUAACAAGCACCAGCCAUGCAGUCCUUUCGCGAAAGGUGUGGUUUCCAUGGCAACCCGCCGAACUACCAACCGACUCCUUCGUCUUCAUCGUCCUCGUCCUCGUCGUCGCAGGAUUCAUCCUCACGCCUGGAGAAUUACAGGCAUCAAAGCCAGGCUGGGCCGCACUGCGAGCGUCAAAGGAUGGUGGCCAAGGAGUACUACGGCCAGCCCCAGCAGGCCCCCUUGCCGUACCCAGGAUACGGGGAGAACAGCGCCGUGGACAAAUAUCACCGGGGGAAUAAGCCACUGCGGGGCACGCCGCUUCCCAGUAGGCCACCAUCCUACCCCAACUAUACCAUCCAAGAGAAUAGCCCUUACCCGGCUCGCUAUUCCGGAGAGGAGGGCUUGCAAGCUUGGGGUUCACCUCAGCAGCAACCUCCACCACCACCACCGCCAUUGCCCGGCGGGGUGGCCAAAUACGAGGAAAACAUGAUGAAAAAGACGGGGAGUAGGCAAUACCAUGAGCCGGCCCCUCAGCUCCCGUUCCGGACUCAUUCCUUGCACCUCCCGCAGCCGCAACCGCCUGCGAUGACGUACCCCAAGCUCCCGAGGCAGAAGAUUCCAAAUGAUGUGGCUUCCCCAAUGCCGUUUCCACAAGGGACGCACUUCACCCAGCAUUCCCAGUCGUUUCCGGCCUCCUCUACGUACACAUCUGUGCAAAGUGGGAACCAAGCGGUUCACCCAUACAAAAGUUGUAGCACACCCUCGGCCCCGCCACCGCCACCGCCGCCGCCUCCUCACGAAAGGGGCCUUGCAAAUGCAGCAAAUCUGUCCUCUGGGCAACGAGUUCAGAGCUUACAUGGCUACCAGCAGAACCGAAUUGCUUAUGACCAACAACAGCAGCAACAGCAGCAACAACAGCAGCAGCAGCAACAACAGCAGCAGCAACAAUCCAUGCAAGGAAGACAUCAUCCUCAGGAGGCCCUUCAUUAUCAAAACCUAGCAAAAUAUCAACAUUAUAACCCACCAGGACAGGGCUACUGCCAAGCCGAUCCACCUGUGAGGACACCGGACCAGUAUUACCAAACGUUCAGUCCUGGUUCUGGACACUCUCCGGCUCGUUCAGUUGGCCGAUCACCAUCCUACAGUUCGACUCCUUCCCCCUUGAUGCCUAACUUGGAGAACUUCCAAUACACCCAACAGUCUUUGAGUACCGGAGCGUUUCCGACUAGCCUUGCCGACCACAGCCCUUUCAUGCCUUUGUUGAACCCUUCGCCAACCGACGGGGCAAGUCCAGAUACUCAGACACCCGGGAACUGCAAGAACAUGCCAAAGGAAAAAAUGGCUGAGAACCUGCUGUCUGAUCUGAGUCUUCAGAGCCUUACGGCACUCACCUCACAAGUCGAAAACAUUUCCAACACUGUCCAGCAGCUUCUACUUUCCAAAUCCACAGGGAUGUCCCAAAAGAAAGGGAUCAAAAGUUCACCCAGGACACCUGAACAGCUCAAGGGUCAGCACUGCAGCCCCGAAGGUAAUAAUUACUCAACUGAGCAAGCGGGGACUCCCCACUCUGAUCCUCUGAGCACCCCGCAGUCAGUCCAUACUGAAACCCAGGAUGCUGAUUACCUGAGUGGAUCUGAGGAACAACUGGAAAGGGGUUUCCUGUACUGUAAUCAAAGCCGCAGCCCGGCCCGUGCCAACAACAAUGCCAAGGCAAAGCCCGAGUCCAUCUCUACGUGCUCCGUUACUUCGCCAGACAACAUGUCAACUAAAUCUGAUGAUUCCUUCCAGAGCAUCCACGCCAGCCUCCCACUGGAGACCUUCAGCAAGUUUGUAGCCAACGACCGGGACGGUCCCAGACUUCUCCUCAGUGCCCUUUCUCAAGAGGAGCUUGCCUCUGAAAUCAUUGGCUUGCAAGAUGCUAUCAACGAAAAAGCCGACAAAGGCUGGUCCAAUUCCCCUGCGCCAAACAAAGACCCCAAUAAAUCCCCCUUCCACUUGGAGAACCACAGGACCUGCCUGGAUUCCAUGGUCAAAAGCCCAUGGUCCAAUCCGGGGGAAUCCAAUACCAUCACCGAACCCUUGAAGAUGGACAAAGCCUUGGGAGGAAAUAAUGGGAAGAGUUUUACUGAAGAGGUGUAUGAGAACCCCCAGGUGGCAUUUCCAACCACAGAGUCAAAGAAUUCCCUUAAAACUACCAGUCCAGUUGGGUAUGACUCCAAAACCAACAUCCCAGUGGCCACCUCUAGCUCUGAGGCAGCCAAUUUCAGCUGCUAUUCGAAUACUACGGCCAAUUCGAUCAGUUCUGAAAAUGCCAUUGAGAAUUUUGAUUGGCCAGACGAAAACCUCAGUGACACGUGGAAAGAACUUGGGUCGAGCCUUCAAGCAUCAGAUCUUUCCAAGGCCUUGUUCUCCACCAAAUUGAGUGAGAAUUCUGAGGAGAAAAAAAGUGUAUGCUGCUUGAACCUUUGUGAUACAGAAGAUCCAGCUGAACCUGAGCAACUGGCAGCCUUCCCUCAACAACAAGAACAGCAACAACCACAACAGCAACAGCAACAAGAGGCAAACAAGGGAGAGAACCCAACAUAUGAAGAGGCCACCAGAGCAGACAGUGAGCGAUGGCUAGAAGACACCACCAGGCAGUCAUGUUCUGGUGGAGACUUCAGCGAACUCCCAAUGAUGUCCUCUCCAGACCUUAAAGAAUCUGAUUUGGAACCAGAAGAAUAUUCCUCUUUAUGUGAACUCGCCAGUUCUGAGCAAAAGACUUUGACCUACGAUGCGUUCACACCUAAGCAGGCAGAGAACGCUCCAACUCUUUCCCUCCAAGACACACCGGGUUCAGCAGAGGAGAUGGCAAACGCUGUCGAAAAAGAAAACGCUGUUCCUUCUUCACAUCUCUCUGACCAAUCCGUUAUCCUCUUGGGACCAACUGUGGGAACAGAGACAAAAGUGAAGAAUUGGUUUGAAUCUUCUCUCCAUCACUUAAAGCCUGAGGAAGAAACACUGGGAGUUAACAAUGCCCUUCCCAACAAGGCAGACGCACCAGUUGCCUUGCCGGAGAAAAAGCAGGUCUCCCCAGAAAAAACACCGAUCAUAUCCGAACCAACAUCUAGAGGCAAGAGCCUUCGCAGUAAAAAGGUCUACUCCAGGCUCUCGGGAGGAGAAGAACCUAUCCAACCGAUAUCAAGCCCUUGUACGGGCAUCCAAGCAGCUGACAUGGUGGCCAACGCAUGCUCUGGUCCAAAUAAUCUCAUUGAAAUGCCAAGUAAGACUACUCAUGGUCCAACACCCCGGUCUCCAGCAGAAGGCUUCCCAGCUAGGAUGUGUACCCGCUCCUUUACUGCGCUGACCGACCCUAAGUUGCCUGACCCACUUGAAGGUGCAAAAGCUUCCACCCUUCAAGAGAAGCUGGGCAAGAAGCCACCCUAUGUCAUCAAACAGAGAGCCACUUUCAAAGCAAGAAAGCCAAAUGGCAAGCCCAGUAAUCUGUCUCCUCCCUUGGUCCCGAAUUUUGUACAGAACGAAGACCCUGCUGGUCAUAAGCUCAAAGAAGCCAGCCCUUCGGAAGCAGAAGGAAAGGAUCAACAGUCCAUGAUUCUUCGCUCCAGAACCCGGUCCCAGGAGGUCUUUGACGGGAAGAAGAAGAAAGAGAAGGGCACCGUGGAUCCUGAACUCAAAAAUUCUAAACCGUCCAAGAAAGUUUUCCCAAACCACCAUUUGCUUGGUUCCUUCAAGAUGAACCCCCAAAUUAGGUCUGAGAGGGAAAGCAAGCUGGGCAAGAAGGUGAAGCUCUCCAAACCCCGGCUUGACAUGGGAAGCAAGGUCUCCCUGAAAAGGAAGUCCACCUUCCUCCCUCCGGUUCCGGCCAAAAAACGGAAUCUGGUUCUGAGGAGCAACCGCGGCACUGUAAAGGAGGAGAAGCCAGAAGCGGCACCCAUCCUGUUCAAGAGGAUGCCAUCAGCCAAAAAGGCCAAAAUGAAGCUGUCUCCCAAGAACUCCUGCGAAGGUGCGCUCAAGUCCCUCCCGGCCAAGGAGAACGCCGCCGUCUGCCUCAAGAUCAGCUCCAGAGCCGCCUUCCAGGGAGCCAUGAAGACCAAAGUGCUUCCUCCCAGGAAAGGCCGGGGCUUGAAGCUGGAAGCCAUCGUGCAGAAGAUCACCUCCCCCAAUCUGAAAAAGUUUGCCUGCAGAACAGCGGCGGCAGCGGCGGCUGCCAUCACCGCCGCCUCCCACGGUAAUCCGCUCAGCCCUUCCCCGCUGCCGGAGAGGGAGCAGGCCUCAAAGAAUGCCAGCGGCGUAACCCCAGCGGUGGCGGGGGAAGCGAGGCCAUUAAACCAGGCCGUGCCACAAAAGGCUCCUGCUGCUCCAGCCGCCGAGCAAUUAUGCAGAAACCCGAACAACAGAUCCUUCAGAGGGAAACUAAUGAACAGUAAGAAACUGUCCUCCAACUGUUUCAAGGGUGAAGCCUAUCCGUCUCCUGAGAUCUUGCAGCACGGCGGCGGUGUUGGCGUUGGCGUUGUUGUCAGCAUGGCCGCAAGCACCGGCGUGGGCCUCCUGCCCAAGAAAAGGAACCGAAAAGGGAAAGCGGCCGUCUUCCGAGCAGCUAAAAAUAGCUCUCACCUGGGCCCUGCCUUGCUUCUCCCAUCCAGGGAGAGGCCAGGGGUUGCAAAUGCAACGGCAGGAGGAGGAGGGAAAGUGGAAGAGGAACAAAGGGAAGGGAAGAAGCAGAAGGCCGAAGACAAAGCCUUUGGAAACGGUGGCGAGGCUUCCGAAGGGAGAUCCUCGCAGGCCCAAACCAGAGGGCAGAAGCAGCGAGCCAACCACUCCAGCUACAACGGCUACACCAAGCGGCAAAGGAAGCAUCUCAAUCGUCAGAAGGCUCCAAACGUGCCUUCGAGGUGCAAGAGCCGGGCCAAACGGCGGCACCAGCAGCAGGCACCUCUGCUGAGUCCUGCCGAGCCCGAAAUCCGGCUCAAGUACGUAUCAUGCAAGCGGCUGCGGACGGACAGCCGGGCCCCACCGUUCUCCCCUUAUGUCCGGGUGGAGAAACAGGGCGAGUUUGUCACCGCUUGUACCGUAGUCAACUUCUCCGCCGAUGAGAGCAGACUCCACAACGAACAGCACACUUCUUCUUUUUUGGCAUUGUCCGCCCAGGCGGCCACCUCCUUACAGCCCAGGGCCACCCUUCCCCUGUCAUCCACAAUGCACCUCGGCCCGGUGGUCUCCAAGACUCUCAAUGCCACCUGCUUGGUCUGCUGCCUGUGCCGGAACCCGGCCAACUACAAAGACCAAGGGGACCUCUGCGGGCCGUAUUACCCUGAGGACUGCUUGCCGAAAAAGAAGUCGAGGCUGAAAGAGAAGAUCAAGGUGGAGGGGCUGAGCGAAGAGCCGCCCUCCCUGUCCCACCUCAAAGCGCCAGCGGAUAAUAACUGCUCGUUGUCCUCGUCGGGCGGGAAGUCACCAAGGUUGGACACUGGGGCUGAGUCGGCCAAACAGAGCACGCUCCGCUCGAGUUCGAGGGGGAUGUUUAGGAAACUACAAAGCUGCUACUGCUGCGAUGAGAGGACAGAGGGAGAGGAAACAGCAGCAGCCACCGCCACCGAAAAACCCCGGCGGCACGAAUGCAGCAAAGCAGAGUUGCCCCUUCCGGACCCCGCCAGUGACACGCAGGAGCACUGGGUUCAUGAGGCCUGCGCUAUAUGGACAACGGGUGUUUACCUGGUGGCGGGGAAGCUCUAUGGACUUCAGGAGGCUAUAAAGAUGGCUACCAAUUUGAGAUGUUCCAGUUGUCAGCAAAUCGGAGCCACUGUCGGCUGUUGUCACAAAGGGUGCGCCCAAACCUUUCACUACACAUGUGCCAUUGAUACAGGUUGUUUGUUAACCGAAGAGACCUUCUCACUCAACUGCCCCAGACAUAAGAAGCAGCCCUUAUAAUGCACCGAGUACGAAGGGGAACACCGUCAUCUCCGCCAAAGUCUCAGCUCCGGGGAGAAGGGAAGCGGGGGGGAUUUUGAACCCCAAACCCUGUCAACGGGCAGCGGCUGCCACCCAAAAGGACUCCUCUAUGGGAGCGGCAAAGAGAAUGUAACCCAGCCGUCUUGCUCUCCGAAAACUACGCUUCCCCUCCCCAUUAUUUUUUUUUUUAAUUUUGCAAUAGUACUUCUACUGUGAAAAGACCUGGCCCUGGCCUCCGGAAUCUGCCUUUGCUGAGGCCACUCUGCUGCCAUCCCAUCAGAUCCUGAACCGGAUCCCGGAAACCCUACUCAAUCCAGCACAGGACUUUGGCUCCAAAAAGCCCUCCUCCUCCCAGGUUGGUGCGAACCCGUCCAGAUCCAGGUUUUUCCGCCUUCUCUGGAUGCAACCCGGGUCCAGUGGCAAUGAGGAGAAGAAGAAACUCCAGUUCCGAGUUUUGACUCCUCCCUUCUCCCUUCCUUCACUUAGGAGCUGUAAACCAAUACUGAGAAGCUCAGAUCGUCUACGGCUGCUGGCAAAACCUGGCCUGGAAUUUAUUGUUGUUUUUUUUCCUGGAGCGAAUCCCGAAGAUCUGCGGAUUCCUAAAGGCCCUUAGUUUGGAAACUUGACAUCCUGUGGCCGGAUUUUAGGCACAUGACAGAGCCCGAGUCCCCCAUCAAUACCAAUCUCACAGGACCCAAUACCAGACUCUCUUUCCGGGCCCCAGAGAGGAGUGGGGCCCAGGGCCGGAGCCCGGUAGAAGCGCAGCCGUGGGCCGCUGUCCUCGCUCACGUCUCGCGUCGUCGUUUUUUGCCGAUCUGAUCUAUUUUUGCCUUCAGCAGACCUCAUGGUGCGUGUGCGUGUAUGUGUGUUUUUUCUGUAUAUAUAUGUGAUCCGCGUGUAAAACAAACAAACAAAAAAAAACGGAAACAAAAAAGCACCCCGACGUUUUUUGGGAAACAAA